UAGCCAAGAGCCAGCGCAAGGCGGUCGCCCAGGCCCCGCCCCCCACGCCAUGCGGCUGUCAAGGCAGAACCCCUACGAGAUCCUCCUCCUGGCCUUGGUUGCCUUGCUGGUGCUGCUGCUGCUGCUCCUGACCAGCGAGUCACCGCCCAGCUGCUCCGCCCCCAAGAGGUCCAGGGAGCCUGAAAACGACCCCGGGUGGGCCUCGGGCCACCCACGCACACACCCCGCCCCGUGCCGAGCUAAUCUAUCCGUGUCCUCGCACCCCGACUUCGCGGGGCUGCCCUCGCACGUACGCGACUUCUUGUUCUACCGCCACUGCCGCGACUUCCCAGUGCUCCGAGAGCCGCGGGUAACCAAGUGCGCGCAGCCCGUGUUCCUGCUGCUCGCCAUCAAGUCCUCGCCUGCAAACUAUGGGCGCCGCCAGGUGCUGCGCACGACGUGGGCGCGGGAGAGACGGGUACGUGGGGCGCCGCUGCGCCGCCUCUUCCUCGUGGGCUCAGACCGCGACCCACAUCAGGCACGCAAAUACAACCGACUGCUGGAACUGGAAGCGCAGACAUACGGCGACAUUCUCCAGUGGGAUUUCCAUGACUCCUUCUUUAACCUGACGCUUAAGCAGGUCCUUUUCCUGGAGUGGCAGCUAACCUACUGUACCAACGUCAGCUUCGUGCUCAAUGGGGACGACGAUGUGUUCGCGCACACGGACAACAUGGUCACCUACCUUCAGGACCGCGACCCGGACCAACACCUCUUCGUGGGGCACCUGAUCCAGAACGUGGGUCCCAUCCGGGUGCCCUGGAGCAAGUACUUCAUCCCCGCUCUGGUGAUGCCCGAGGACAAAUACCCGCCCUACUGUGGUGGCGGCGGCUUCCUGCUGUCUCGUUUUACCAUGGCCGCCCUACGUCGCGCCGCGCGCGUCCUCCCCAUGUUCCCAAUCGACGACGUGUUCCUGGGCAUGUGUCUGCAGCAGCAGGGGCUGUCUCCUGGGACGCACAGCGGAGUGCGCACUGCGGGGGUGUACCCCCCUAGCCCACGUGUGUCAUCCUUCGACCCCUGCUUCUACCGCGACCUGCUCCUCGUGCACCGCUUCCUGCCCUUCGAGAUGCUGCUGAUGUGGGAUGCGCUGAGCCAGCCCCAGCUAGUCUGCGGCAGGCAGAGCCCCGCCUACUGAGAGGUUUGGGGGAGUUGACAUCCCCUAGCUCAUGUCCUCCCUCAUCCAUGUGCAAAGGGCUGGCUUCAAGGAGAAGUUCAAAGUGAGGGGCAGAAAGUGGGUCUGAGAAAUUAAUAAGGCAAACUCCUAAGAACCCUUGGAAACCCUCCUGGUACUGUUCACAGCAGGAACUCUGAGUUUAGCCAACUCUAAGUGGCUGCUAAGCAAAAAGUGCUGUGGACAGAGCCCAUGGGUGUUAGGCUCUGGCCUCAGACUGGGCCUUGGCCUCUCUCAGGCCCCCAAGGAAUUGGGCAGAGGAACAAGGUGGAUUUUAAACUGAGGCACCCAGAGAUCUUGACUUGACCCCCAAUAGUGUCUCCCAAGAACUUGGAGAAUCACAGGGGCAGGAGGAGUCCUGUGUCCCACAGACGGGGCUGGCAGGAAAUAAAGUCCAUAGAAGGCUGAAAGUGACUAUCUACAGUGGGGGGAGGGUUAAGAUAAAACUCAGGGCUCUGCCACCUUUUAAUUUUAUCUAUUUAGGAAGGGAGCCAGGUCCUGUCUUCCUCUCUGUUUGGGUCCUGGGACUUGAACUCAAAUCUUCAGGCUUGGCAGCAAGCGCCUCCAUUAACUGAGCCCUCUCGCCAGCGCCUUUUUAGUUUUCAGCACUACUCAUGUUUUAACACCGUCUGUUCUACCCCACCUCUCUUUGACCUUCAAUAUUAACUCAUUGUAACAUGUUCACAUCUACAGCAUGGCUGGAUGUGGCUCCUGUCUCCCCUUGCUCCCUUCCCUGUAGCUACUUUGUGGGUUCUUUUUCUUCUAAAAUUGCAACCCCUCCCCAACACCAGACAGGAGAGAGAAAAGUAUAGAGAGGAAGGAAAAGAGAUCCCCAGUAAAGUCUCAGCACUUGGAAA